AUAGCUGUGUCUUUUUAUGAGUUAAAAGUGUUUUCUCUUUUACCAGGACCAAAAGUGCACCCUUUUGCAGAGAUAAAGGACCAUUUGUGUUUAGCAUUAUAUUAUAGGGACCUAAGUUUAGCCUACCAUUCAUUUCAGCCACUCAAAUUUUAUCUUUUGUGCUUCACCCAUUUGUUUCUUGAUAUUCAUAUUGUCAUUUCUUCUAUCCUUUUCUCAAAUAUCUCUUGCAGUGAUUUGAAGCUAUAUUAUUAAAGGUAAGUUUCUCUUAAUGAUUGUCAUUUGAUUUAUGUUUUAGAGAAAAAUAGCUUUUGUAGGUGGCUUAUCAAUGUCUAAUUUAGGUCUUUGCACUAGAUCUAUUUCUGUAGCUGACGUGUCGAAUGGGUUUUGAACCACAAUCUUCCAAAAUUUUUAGUUUAUGGGUUUUGAACCACAAUCUUUUUUGCUGGAUCCAUAGCUUUUAAGACUAGCUCUGUACAUGUAAGUAAGGACUUCUUUGUCACUGCAGACUGCAGUUCAACUUGUUCAACUUGUUGGCCUCUCCCCCCAGAUUUGCAAGUUGAGUUAGCCUCUCUGUGCCAAUGAUUAACAAGAAAUGGAAUUUAGGCCUAACUCAACACCAAAAGCUAACUGAGGAGGUGAGGAUUGUCCAAACCAUAUAAAGAGGCCAAAUGCUCCUUAAACUACUGGUUUCAGGUCAUAAUCACAACGGACAAAAACAGGAAUAGUACAGUAGAUAUGGCUUAUGCAAGUGUGGCUUCUCUUAAUAGAACAAUAGAAAUUGUGCUCUCUUCAUGAAAAGUUAGUUCCCUGUAAGUAUUUAUCAAGAACUUUGAGAAAAGCAGUGUUUUGGAAGAAAUGACAGAUGUGGAAGUACAUAUAAAAGACAAAGACAAACAAACAUCAAAGGAAUCACUGGUUCAAGAUUUUUCAAGUUCAGCAGAAGAUAUUCUAGAUGUCAGGAACAAUAUGGUUGGACGUGAUGAUCAUAGGAGAAGGUUGUUAGAAGAUAUGACUACAGGUUACUCUGGCGAACCCAAAGUCAUCUCAAUUAUUGGGAUGGGAGGAGUAGGUAAGACAAUCUUAUAUCUCAUUUUGAUGUUCAUGUUUGGGCUAUUGUAUCUCAACAACACAGUGUAAAGGAUAUCUUGACAUUCAAUCAAAAUGGAUGACACCGUUAAGAUGAAAGGUGAGGCAAAGCUAGCAGACAUGCUGCAGAAAAGUUUAAAGAGAAAGAGGUACUUAAUUUUCAUGGAUGACAUCUGGAAUAGUGAAGUGUAGGAUGACCUGAGAUAAUGCUUUCCAAGUCAGAUUAAUGGGAGUAGAAUAUUGUUGAUUACCCAUAACAAUGAAGUAGCUUGUUACGUUGGUACAGAGAAUCUUUCUUUGCAGAUGGGCUUCAUGGAUCAAGACGAGAGUUGGAACCUUUUUAAAAGUGCUGCAUUUUCAAAUGAAGCAUUACCUUCUGAGUUCGAGACUAUUGGGAAGCAAAUCCUAGACAAAUGUCAAGGGCUACAAUUAACUAUUGUUGGGGUUGCUGGGCUUUUGCGCAAAUCUAGAAAGACAAUAGAAGAUUGGGAAAGUGUUGUAAAUUAUGUCGAGUCAUUUGUCACAAAUGAUCCUGAUAAACAAUGUUCACAUGUGCUUGGGUUGAGUUACAAUCACUUGACCAGCGAUCUAAAAGCACGUCUUCUGUAUUUCGAAAUAUUUCUUCAAGACAUUGAGAUUCCAGUGAAGAAUUUGAUGAGAUUAUGGAUGGAUGAGGGGUUCCUGAAUUUGGAAAAAGACUUAGAAGGAGAGGCUGACAAGUGUUUACAAGAUCUUAUCAACAGAUGUCUAGUUCUCGUCAGCGAGAAAAGUCUAGAUGAAACAAAAAUUAGAUCAUAUAAGGUUCAUGAUAUGAUGUACGACCUGUGCUUGAGAGAAGUUCAAAGGGGAAACGUUUUUAUCAUGAACGACAUUAUGUUUGAAAAAUCAGAUGCAAAAAAGAAAAGCUCAAAUCCAUGAUUUCGUACUUGAUUGUGAUCCAAAUGAUGUUUCUUCAGAGCGUCAAUCUCUCAGUAUCCAUAAAAUGCAGCCCUUUAAGCGCUGGACUGGUGAUGAAAUUUCUGAUCUUCCGUAUGGUCUUUGUAGGGCCCUUCGUAUCCCUGGACAUCAUCAGUUGACAGAUGAUGGUGACAACAACAAUCUUUUGAAACAAACUCGUUCUAUUUUCGUUUGUGGUUAUCAUUCUUCAACUUUUAUUCUCAAAUCAGAGCUUAUUCAUUUCAAAUUCCUCAAAAGUCUUAGACUUGAGUCCAGUAGAGAUUGAUAUUUUCCCUCUACAAAUACUCAGCCUCAUCUGGUUUAGGUAUCUUGCAUAACCCUCUGCCCUUGGAAUCUUGACAUGCCUCCAGAAAUUUGCAAGUUAUGGAAUCUGCAGACAUUCAUCGUUGAAGGGUAAUGCUCAAUCAAAUUUCCCACUCGGAUUUUUCAAAUAUACAAACUAUUUGUUACUUGUCUCAACGUUGCAUGAAGGAGCUUCGGAAAUUCAGAAUGUUAAAAAAAUUAGGAAUAAGAGGAGAUGAGGAAUGACUAUGAAAGUUUUUGGGAAUCUGAACUUUUCAACAAUCUUGUCCAUCUGCAUCAACUUGAAACAUUGAGCUUAAAAAAAUUCUAGUUGGAGAUCAGGCAUUUUGCCAGCGACCAUUCCAAGUGUAUAUGCUUUUCUAGCAAUGCUCAAGACGUUAAAAUUGGAAAGAACUUUCUAAGUUGGUCGUACUUGGACAUCAUAGUGAGUUGCCUAACCUUGAGGUGCUGAAGCUGGUGUUUCAUGCUUGUCGUGGUAAAGUAUGGUAUCCAAUUGUUAGGGGAUUUAAUCGCUUGAAGCUUUUGCUAAUCAACAGUAAUAAAGUUCAAGUACUGGAAAGCCACAAAUGACAAUUUUUCUGUCCUUGAGCGCCUCAUUAUUAGAUUUUGCCAUGAUUUGGACGAGAUACCCAUUGAGUUUGCAGACAUCCACUCGCUAUAACUCAUUGAGUUAAAAUGGUGUAAUCCUAAACUCGAGGGCAUCCAUUGCACGAAUUUGACAAGAACAAGAAGACCUCGGAAACAACCCCGUGCAUGUUCAUAUCUCCAAUGCAUUAAUUCCAUGCAAGUAUAUAUCUAUCAUGGUUACAUCUAUAAUAAUGUGAAUUAUAGUGUUUGCCAGUAUAAAGAAAAGAUCCCAACAUAAUUUACUUCCCUUACUUCAUUCAGCUAAUGAUUAUGAUGCUUAUGUUAAUGAUGGUGGUGUUGAUGAUGAUAAUGAAGAUUCUGAUAACGGUGAUGGAAGAACUGUUCCAAUUUGUCAUGGAUAGUUGUAUCUCAAGAUGUUUAGAGAAACAUGUUAUAGACUGAUGCUAGUUCAUCACACUGUUUUUCAUGAUGUAAAUGUAUUACGUUCUUGGUUUUAGAGUAUGAAAUUAUACAUCAAUAUAUUUGCAACUCA